UCAUUUGUUUCGUCCUCUUGGUUUUGGCAACAUUAGAGUGAGAUGAGGCGGACCGGAGUCUCCGCGCUCAGACACACAGAGACACAGAGAGAGGAGUAUAGGCUUCACCUCGUCCUCCUCAUCUCCGGAUCAAAACUCUCCAUCAUGGAUUGUCGUGCUCUUAUCUUUGCUGGAUAAACUUUGGACUUAACGCUCGUUAUCAUGGGAAUAUACUGCCUGCGCGCGUGGCCCCGUGGAUCUAUACAGCCUUGAUGGAAACCAUGUCACCACAGCAGGGGACCAUGGGACAGAACAGGUCCGACUCUCUGACCGGAGAGAGCAAGGCGCUCCCCGACAACAAAAAGAAGAUGAAGACCUUGGCUCAGAGACGACAGUCAGCUCCCUCGCUGGUCAUCAGCAAAGCACUUACCAGAUCGAGAAGCACAUCCAGGGAAAGCUGUCUGACGCCGGUCAGCCCAGAGUCUUGUCCCCUGGUCCAGGCCUUUCUGGCCGAGUGUCCACGCCGCCUUUUCCUGGGUCAUGUCCAAACGCAGUUAAAGACGGGCCUGCAGACCCAGGAGAGACACCUCUUCCUCUUCACGGACACAUUGCUAGUUGCCAAGGCCAAGUCUCCCACUCAUUUUAAAGUGAAGUCCCAAGUCCGAGUGUGUGAGAUGUGGACGGCCAGCUGCAUGGAGGAGGUGUGUGAGGGAAGCACCAACCCAGAGAGGAGCUUCGUCAUGGGCUGGCCCACCUGCAACUGCGUGGCUACCUUCAGCUCCGAGGAGCACAAAAACAAGUGGCUGGCGCUCAUCAAAAGUCGGAUAAUUGAGGGAAAAGAAAAGGAUGACCCCAAGACGAUUCCUCUGAAGAUAUUUGCAAAGGAUAUUGGAAAUUGUGCAUAUGCCAAGACGCUUGCGGUCAGCAACAUUGACAGCACCACUGAUGUCAUCCGCAUGGCUCUGCUGCAGUUUGGCAUCUCGGGGUGUGUUAAAGACCACAGGUUGUGGGUGAGCUCCAGUAAGGAUGACCCUCCAUACCCUCUCAUUGGCCAUGAGUUUCCCUUCAGCAUUAAGAUGAGCCACAUACGGGAUGGUGGGACCAGUGGAGGAGGACUGGGAGGAGGGAGGGACCCAGCUAGUCCCACAGACUGUCCAGGGGUGCUGCUGCUGGACCAGUGUCUGCCUCCGGACACCCAGUGCCAGUUCAUCCUCAAACCCAGCAAGGUCGCCCCGGGACAGACUCCACUCAUAGAGCCUGGUCAGCAGAAGUCCUUUAAGAGGAAGAGAUCUUUGAUCAACUGGCCUUUCUGGAGAGGCUCCAACACGCAGCUGGACGGCAUGCCCCUGUCCCCGAUCGCGCUCUCCCCCACUCAGGGACGGCUGUUCGGACGACCCCUGAGCUCCGUCUGCUCUCCAGAACAUGGCCUGCCCAAGCCCGUCAUGGAAAUGCUGGUGUUCCUGUACCUGGAGGGGCCGUACACCAGGGGCGUCUUCAGGCGCUCUGCUGGGGCCAAAGCCUGCCGGGAGCUUCGGGACCGACUGGACAGCGGAACAGACGACCCGGAGAUCACACACCAGUCUGUGUUCGUCAUCGCUGCCGUCCUCAAGGACUUCUUGCGAAAUGUCCCGGGCAGCGUGCUGAGUGUUGACCUGUAUGAGCAGUGGAUGGACGUGAUGGAAGGAGACGGAGGGGACGAGAGGACACAAUCUGUCCAGAGGUUGCUCCACCUCCUGCCCAGUGACAACCUGCUCCUGCUGCGACAUGUGAUCGCCGUGCUGCACUGUAUCCAAGGCAACGCCCACGACAACCAGAUGAACGCCUUCAACCUGUCUGUCUGCAUCGCUCCCAGCAUGCUUUGGGCUCCGGCGCCGACCACCCCCGAGAUGGAGGGAGAGGGCACCAAGAAGGUGUGUGAGCUCGUCCGAUUCCUCAUCGAGAACUGCAGCAGCGUGCUGGGAGAAGACGUAACCUUGCUGUUCAGGAGCUUCAGCCAGAAGAGCAGCAGCAGCGACCAUGGAUCAGAUGCGUCGUCCUUCCAGAUGAACGACUCGUCCUACGACAGUCUGGAGAACGAGCUGAAUGACGACCCCGAGUCUCCGUUCCAGGAGCAGCUCCCGCUGCGUGACAAGGACAAGCCGGACAGCCGCAGCCGCGACUCCGUCAUCACACUCAGCGACUGCGACCCUGAUCCCGACCAGGAGAACGAUCUCCUGCUGCAGCUCCCCCCGCUGGCCAGACCCAGGAGGUUCAACCCCGCGCUUCGACAGCCUCGCACCCGCCAGACCAACGGUCAGUCGCAGGGUCCCAGGAGGCUGCGGAGGAGCUCCGAGCCCGCCUUGGCCCUGACAGGCACGCCACCCAUGGGCAUGGUGAUGGUCCACGCUGAUAACCACCACCUGCCGGUAAGAAAGGCGAGCUAUGAUGCCGCCAUGGAGGGUGAGAGGGGAGAGGACGAGGUGUUUCUGGAGCGGGAGCUGAGCCAGCUGCAGCUAAAGGAGGAGGAGGAGGACGGAUGUGAGAAAGGAGGAGCCAAAGUCCAAAAUGGCGGGCGGAGGAAGAUGAAGCACGCUCCCCCGCCUCCGCUGCGGCUGGAUGCCAGCUGCUCCAGCCUGUCGUCACCUGCGACCUCGCCCACAGGCUCCUCCCUCAGCUCGUUAGACUCCGCCUUCUCACAGUACUCUACAGACUACGCCACCAACGGGGCGAUUUCGUUGGCUGAGCCCGCUCCUCUCUCCCCUCUCUUUCCUGGGCGACCCCAGCUGUCACCCAGAGACUCUCCCCCUCAGAGAGAAGCCCCGCCCAUUUGGCCACAGCCCGGCCAGGUGCCUCGGAGCAGCCAAACCCCGCCUCACGGCCUCCACCCUAACACGUGGCUCAAGAAGGACCGCCGCCUGUCACUGAGGCAGACUGAUAACGGACAUUCAGAGGAGGAAAUGCCUUCACUGAACGGGAAAUCAAACCAGACCAGUAACAGUGUUACGACCUCUGUCAGCACUCAGGAGGGCGUGGUGACGAACCAGCGGCGGUCGAGCAGCCCGCCGUCCUACCAGCAGGCUCUCCUGCAGCUGCAGCGCAGCCGCUCCCCGUUCUACAAGGGGACAGAGAAACCUCUGACGGUCCGGGAGCUAAGGCAGCUCCAUGACCAGACCUGCACCUACAGCCCCAAAGCUCACACAGGAAGUGAGGUCACACAUCGGCUGGCGAGAAACGAGUGCGUGCAGCCACCGCAGGGGGUUUUCUUUGGACAGAACGCCACGACUCUGGUCCUCCAGAGGCAGAAGUCCCACUCUCUAACUCCGACUGUGGAUGGACAAAACAGGCAGAGGACCCUUCCCCGCCGAGCUUCCGAACCGAACUCUAACCACUCCUCCACCCUGGACAGACUCCGCCCCCCUAAAGCUCAGCCCCAGGACGGCGGCCUGAGAGUGUCAGAGGUGGAACCCAACCACGCCGAGCCACGCUUCUGCCUGUCUCCCUCCGCCACCCGGGCUGUCAGGGACUACUUCUCCUCGCAGGGGCAGGAGGAUGCAGACGCCUGCCUGCGGAGGAGUCAGGAGGUGGCGCUGGCCAUCGUGCAGGGGAAGCGGGAGUGGCAGAACCGGCGCUGCAGUGACCCGCGAGUCGACGACUUCGACCAGCUAUUUUUUGCAGAAGAGUCGUACGUGUAAAUAAGAUUCUGUGUACAGACAAACUGUGGAUGAGAGACUCAUUUUUAUCUUCAACAUUCUGUGUAAACAGUCCUGUCUUCAUGUGAUAAAAUUCCCCUAUAUUCACCUUUUUUCCUCUUGGCAGCAGCAGGCAUCCCAAAACAGAAAGGUGAUGCAGUUUACUGUGAUGGUACAGCAAAGGUUAUAGAUUUUAAAAGGUACAGAUGAACUUCCUGCUUCCACAUUUCACCUCCAUGUGAUAGUUAUCCUUCAUAAAAUUCAACAAAAAUCUGACAAACUACAGCAAAAGGUUUGAAGUAGUUUGUUAUAAUUCACAGUAUUUUAAAGUGUUUUCAUGUAUUUGACAAGAAGUUUGUUCCUUAAAUAUUGAUUGAAUAGUGAUUCUGUAAACAAUUACAGAGAAAUUGUGCAGGAAAAAGUCAAUUAAAUUUGACUUUUUAGAUCCCUAAACAAUCAUUAAAGCUGCUGUUAAAACAUUUUAAAGUUUGAGCCAAAAUCUGCCUCCUCUGAGAAAUUGUUUUCUC